AUGAACUACGUAAAUUGCCUGCUAUACUUGCUGCUUGGUACUGGGGCCGGUGCUAUUAGCCCAGCCCAACGACGCGACAUCGUCAGGUCCUUCAAUCCGCACCGCAACGCCAGUUCGCCCACGACGCCUCUCCAGGUGGGAAAUGGCGAUUUUGCUUUCGGGGCCGACAUCACCGGCCUCCAGACCUUUUCUCCAUUUGCAAUACAGAGCACCUGGGCCUGGCAUAAUUUCAGCCUGCCGACCACGCCUGGGCAGACCUCAACUUCCGAUUUCACCGGCGUCGACUGGUGGUCCCACGGGCGACUUGUGAAUUAUGGCAUACCUAAUCCGGCGGAAGAAGACAUAUCAAACUGGCUAAUUCAGAAUCCCCAAAGGGCUAACAUGGCAAAUAUUGGCCUAUAUUUCGGCGGAGAAGUCGUUACUGAAGAGCAACUCGUUGACAAGUCCCAGGACCUGGACCUUUGGAGUGCCCUCAUUGCGUCAACAUUCCAGUAUAAUGGAUCCAGCGUAUCAGUUCAAGUAACAAGCCAUCCGGCGGACCCUGUUCUUGGGAUCGAGAUCAAGUCUGACCUUUUGGUAUCUGGAGAUCUGGGUCUCUUCUUCGACUUUCCGUACUCUGAUACCAACAAGUUCGACGCCCCAUACGUUGGGGUGUGGAAUGAGACUGCAAAUAACACAGUCAACGUCCAUUCAACUGCCCAUACGGCGGCUUUCAGACAUACGGCUGAUAGCAACGUGCAAUAUACCUUUGCAAAAUGGAGCACAAAUGGGUCUAUUUCCGGCCCUCUGCCCAGUACGAACAGGUUUGUGUUCACACCAUCCGCCUCUGAUACUCUGCAUCUAGUGGUUGCCUUCUCCCCGACAGAUAGGGUCGGCAGCUUGCCCAGUUACAACGAGAUUUGUUCAGAGUCUCGAGAAUGGUGGGCCAAUUACUGGACCUCAGGUGCAUUCAUAGACCUCUCCGCCACCAAGAAUGACAACGCAACUGAACUGCAACGACGCAUAAUCCUGUCGCAGUAUCUUGUUGCUGUAAAUUCAGCGUCCCACAAUCCCCCUCAAGAGUCCGGCCUUGUGAAUAACGGUUGGUAUGGUAAAUUUCAUCUGGAAAUGGUAUUGUGGCACUGCCUGCAGUUCGCCCGCUGGGGACACCAUGAUCUUCUUUCGCGGACAGUCCCCAGCACGUACCAACGCUUCCUCCAAUCCAGUAUCGACAGAGCUGCAGCACAGGGAUACGCAGGCGCACGCUGGGGCAAGAUGACAGACCCCACCGGCAGGAGCGCACCUGGGGAGAUCAACGUCCUGCUCAUCUGGCAGCAACCGCAUGUGAUGCAUUUUGCUGAAUAUGUUUACCGAGCUGCCCCAAACAGUAAGACCUUGCGAGAAUGGGAUGAGGUCGUCACCGCUACGGCCGAUUUUAUGGCAUCAUAUGCUUGGUGGAAUGCAACCAGCCAGGUUUACGAUCUUGGCCCGCCGAUGUACCCCGUCAGCGAGAAUACCAAUCCUAAUGCAACAGUUAAUCCCACAUUCGAGCUGGCAUAUUGGCGAUUCGGGCUGGAUAUCGCGAUCAAAUGGAAGCAGCGCCAGGGAGUGUCAGUGCCCAAAGGCUGGGUUGAGGUGCGGGAUAACCUCGCGCCACUCCCAGUUAUUAACAACUCUUAUGCCGUAUAUGAGGGUAUCCCAGACAUGUGGAAAGAAGGGACAACAACAGUGCAGGACCACCCCGCGAUGGCUGGUAUAUACGGCCUGCUUCCACCUCCAUCAACGGGGCCUCCUGUCAACUUGACCGUCAUGCGCAAUACCGCCGAACUAAUCUGGAACCUGUGGGAACUUGAAGACGUGUUUGGCUGGGACUUUAGCAUGCUUUCCAUGAAUAGCCUUCGACUAGGCGAUGUAGACCAAGCCGUUGCCUAUCUCCUGCAUCCAUACUAUGACUAUGACGACGCCGGGUACCCCGAGGGAGGAGAGCGGGUGGCCACACCGUAUUUCCCAAAUGCCGGAGGUCUGUUACUUGCGACUGCUAUGAUGGCUGGAGGAUGGGAUGGGGAUGUGGGCCCGCAUUUCCCUGCUGGCUGGAAUGUAAAUGUUGAGGGAUUCACACCGAGCCUGUGA